CUAGAGAAAAGAGGAAACUCUGGGAUUCUUUGUUCAGGAUGGUGAAAUGUACUGGGUCACUUUAGAAACCACUAUCUCUAGCCUACAUACUGAGGGACACAGUCUGUGCCGUACAGUGCUAUGACAGGGUCUAUCAAAAUUGUAGCUCCAGUAGUAUUUGAGAUAUGCAGACUGUUUGUUUGCUUUAUUUUCUGUACGGGGCAUUGGAAUGUCACAGUUGCAUCAUAUCGCACUUUAAUAAAUAAUCGACAGAGGAGUAGGUCCAAAGGGCUUUUAGCUUGUUCUCAUUGUGCUGCUAUGUAUGGAGAAGUGCAAGGGAUUGUUCAUGAUUUCUGCUGCGGUGCUUCCACUUGCUGUGCUAUGGAAGAGAGAAAAAUGAAGGCUCGAGCUCCCCCUCCACCAACUCAGCCUCCUGCUGCAAGUCAAAUUCAGAGUGAGCAGAAGUCGCUGUCAGAGCUGGGAGUAAUCCCUGAUCAGAACCUGGUGACCAUGAAAGAAAAUAUGAUAAACAGGACCGUGGACUUCACAGUUGUUUUGCCAAGCGGUGUGGAACAGAAGAACAAUGUACAUGGGAGUAAAGCCAUGAUGGACCUGUUGGUGGAUUUGUGCAGCCGGUACCACUUGAAUCCGGCUCACCAUACUCUAGAGCUGAAGUCUUGUGGAAUGCAACCUUUGAGUUAUAAGCCUAAUACUUUGAUUGGGGCACUGGAUGUACAGACGGUACUUCUGAAGGAGAAAGUUCCUGAAGGGAAAACAAAACGACCUCCACCUAGGAUCCCUGAGAAGUCUGUGAGGUUGGUAGUGAAUUACCUGAAGACACACAAGGCUGUGGUUCGAGUGAGUCCUGAGGUGCCUCUGCACAGCAUAAUUCCAGCCAUUUGUGAAAAGUGCGAGGUCAGCCCCGAGCAUGUUGUGCUCCUGAGGGACAGUAUCACUGGGGAAGAGCUGGAACUUACAAAGUCCUUGGAUGAGUUAGGGAUAAAGGAGCUAUAUGCCUGGGACAGGAAAAGAGUUCUUCCAUCAAAAACUCAGUCUGAACCUUCUCUGAGCUAUAGAGAGACAAGUCAAAAUUCUUCAAUAAGCAACGAAGCAACAGAAAAAGAAAAGAGAGGCUUUCUGGGAUUUUUCAAAACUACUAAAAGAAGCAGCAAGACAGAAGAGCAUUUGAGGAUGGACGGUGACUAUGGGGAUGAGGAUGGUUUUAAUUCUGCAACUGCUAGUGAAGGGAGCUUGGAUGGUUUUGCAACAGCUCCAAAUUCUCCAUCAGUGAAUUCACGUUCCACACUACUGGGUCCAUCACUGUCUCUUGGCAACAUUUCAGGAGUGACCGCCAACCAAGAAAUAAAAAAACGCAGAGCACCUCCUCCACCAGUAGCAACGCCCCAUUUGCAGAAUAUGGAGACAAGUGGAGUGGCAAAGACAGCAGUGCAGAUUUCACAGGGAGCCUCACAGAAUGAUUUACAGAAAAAAAAGAGGCGUGCCCCUCCACCACCAACUCCUCCUGUUCAAACCAUGCCAAACAGAACAGAAGAAAAAGAAGACAAGAGGAAGAGCACAAUGGGUAAUGGACGACAGAUGCCACAAAAGCCUCCUAGAGGCAAUACACGUGGUCCACCCCAGUUAGUGAUUCCCCCUCCCCCACCUUACCCUCCUCCUGACACAGACAUUAUGGAUUCAACCGACUAUUACAGUGAAGCACCUGAUGUUACAACACCAACAAACCUGGUACCUAAACAGAGUCUGCAGCUCGCACAUGAUAACAUUUAUGUUGUGGAUGAUAUGGUUUUGGAUCUAGCAGAGGUAGAGGAGACAACAUCAGUAAGUAGCUGUUUUGCGUCAGAAGACACCACUGAAGACUCAGGUGUUGUGAGCUCUCCAUCUGAUAUUGUAUCAUUGGAUUCACAAAAUGACAAUAUGAAACUGAAAGACAAGUCAGUCAAUGGUCUGGAGGACCCUGCUGAAGUGGAUGUAACUUAUGCCUCAGAGUUGUGCUCUGUGAGGAAUACCUCCUGCGACAGCAACGAUUCUGAAAAAGCUCAACACAGUAGCAGAGAUGAAGAAAUGACUGCAGUUAAGAAUGACAAUGAGGACGUAUUCAUUGCUGCACGACUCCAGCAGGCUCUGGCUGAACUAGAUGUCAGUUUAGAAGCAAUGGAAGGUAUACACUGUGAAGCAGAUAAUGAUUCUGUGGCAGACCACACAAAUGGGGUGUCCAGCCCGCAUUUCAUCAAUGCUGGUGCUGCUCAAGAUACUGCUUUUGUUGUUCCAGUAACAAACAUAGAUGAUAUCUUGGAUGUUAACACCAUAGGUCCAAUUGAAGAUGAAGAGAAUAUGUUACUCCCUAAAGAAAAUGAUAAAGAAGCUAUCUCAGCUGAUUCCAUUACUUUAUGGAACUUUACAAAUAACAGUGCAGGGUCUUUUGAUAAGAAACAGGUAAAUGACAUGUCCCUAAGUAUAUCCAUGGACUUAAUUCACCAGCAGUCCUCUGAAGAUGUAUUUAAUUCCCUGCAUGCAGAACAAAAGCGAGAGAAGUUUGGAUCUCUUACAUCUUUGUUUGAAAAGAGAAAUGAAAACAACCUGGGGCUGGAAAACACCUAUAAAAGUGGUGUAAGUUCAGAAGAAUGCAAACCCACACAGAUUUCUUCUCCUCUCACGCCUGUGACUGAAAUACAGAUAGCAAGAGAGAAAACAAAUCCAUAUAAUGAACAAAAUAGUCAGGAAAAAAUCUUGAACAAAAUGAAAACAGAAUUGGAAUUCAAGCCCACAUCAAACAAAACCACUGAGGAAAAAAAAGAUGUCUUAUCCCCGCGCCAGUGGGGUCAUCGUGUCCCUAGUUCUGUAACAAGCUAUGAACCUAAAGUAGGCCUGACAACCUUUAAAGUUGUUCCUCCCAAGCCUGAAAAAAAAUAUUUUGAUAGAGGGAAUUCCUUCACCACUGGUGCCCUUAAGAUAGAUGACUUAGGCAACCUGAUCACUCCAAAUGCUGAUAAGAAGAACACAUCAGAUUUUUCUUCCAAUGAAACUGAAGAACCUCAUAUUGGGAGAGUAAAGGCAUUCUGGAGGGAAAACUCUAUGGAAAAACAAUCUGACAAGUCUAUAGAAUAUAAUUCUAAAAAGUCAAUAGCCAUUGUGAGCUCAAAACCCUUUAAUUCAAAAUCUGAAAGCAAACCUAUCUCUCUAAUGGAUUCAAAACCAAUACCAUCACAAACAAUUACGUCAAAUGUGGCUGAAAGGCAUUUUGAGCUUGAAAGAAUCAAACCACCUGUUCCAGCCACACAGUCUCAGGUAAAAACAUCAGCAUUCCCAACAAUUAACAAGGACGAGACAGAGUUCCCAUUUUUAAAGCCUUAUAAAAGAACUUCAAGCCAUUAUGUUGCAUCGGCCAUUGCAAAACGUCUUGAUCCACUUACAUUAAAGACUGAUUUGACAGAGAAGCAUGUUAAAAAUGAGAAUAAACAUGAGGAAACAUUGAUAAAAAUUGGAGCAGAACCUCUCCCCAAAGAAUGCAUUACUGUGGCCAAAAACAGCCCUAGGGCAGUGAAACCUGCAGAAAUGAGAGACUCUCAUUCAGAUAUAUUUACCUGCAGUCACAAAGCAUCGAAUGGCAGGUUGACACUUGGUGAUAAUUUUGCCAUGGAAAACAAAACAGUGACUAUCAAGUCACUGAAUCACGUUACCCCUGUAGGUUUCUAUAAACGGAGCAUCAGUGUACCGCUUACUAAAUCCUCUUCAAAAGAUAACUACCCUGCAGAAAGCAAUCACAGUUUUAACAGCAGACAAAGUAUAGUUGAUAAAAACACACAUGCUUUGUCUGAUCAGAAAGGUGAGAAGACGGACCAUGCUAAUUCUUCCUCAUCGCUCACAUCACCCAAUCUCCCAACAUCUACAGCCUCUUACAGCUCAUUAUCGAGGUCCACUAAAUGGCAUCCUGCUAACAAUAUACAAACUAAUUCUUUAAAAGCAUUGUCAGAGUUCAAUAUUACACCUGUGAAUAACCACAUCAGUUCUCAAAGAGACAAGAAGCCUGCUGUUCCCCUAAUAAACGAUAUACAUAAAUCUGAUGAUAUUAUACAAACUGAUAUUUUUGGGCCAAAGAAGAAGUUCAAACCUGUUGUCCAGAAACCAGUUCUGAAAGAUUCAUCCCUGCACAGCACAUUAAUGGAAGCCAUUCAGACUGCAGGAGGAAAGGAAAAACUACGAAAGACUUCAGACAGCGUGAUAAAUGGAAGUCAGAAGAACUCAUAUGCUGAGCCAGAGAAUGAACGUUCAGCCCUGCUGGCAGCAAUCAGAGGCCACAGUGGCACAUCAAGACUGAAAAAGAUCUCAUCAUCAGCCUCUGAAGAGCUGCAGAGCUUUAGAAAUGCAGAACCGUCUUUGCAAAAUAAAGAAGACUUUCAGGCAGAGCAACUUCGGAUCCCCCCUCCACCUGCCCUGCCACCACCCCCGCCUCCUCCCAGCCACAAGUCCGUGACAGCUCCUAGAUUUCAUGCCACUGCUACAAGUAACCCUGGGGAUGCAAGGGAGGCCCUAAUGGAAGCCAUUCGCUCUGGUGCUGGAGCAGCCAGGUUAAAAAAGGUCCCACUCCUAGUUUGAAUCAUGUCUAAAGAACAGGUAAUUGGAAAAUCUAACUUCACACACAGAUAAUCAUCAUUCAAGGAUUGAUGUGGCAAAGCACAUCAAGAAAUUUAGCUUAUUAUCCUAUGGGCCAAAAUAAGUUGCAGUUGUAUGUUCCUGCAUAAUGGUUCUAAGGCGAAAAUAUAAUGCUUUGCUGCACAGUUUUUGUGCCAAGGACCUGUGUUUUGCCUCUGAAUAUUUAAGAUUGCCAAUAAAGUAUUCUUGUUGGCUGGUUAAUAAGAACAUAAACACUGUAUAGUCCUGCUUUAAUGGUGUAUUCGGGGAAAAAAUAAGAUUUUUGCUGCCUGUCUGAACAAUAACAUUAAUUCACUAUUUAGUUGCUUAAAAAUAUGCAAAUAUUUCAAACAAUGUACUUGUUUCUUACUCUUUGAUUUGGACAAAAUAGCAAGAGCCAAUAAGAAAAAAAAGGAAAUAUAAUACAGAUCCAUCAACAUUAAUUAUAAGAAAAAAAUGGUAGAUUCUGAAAUGCUUAGAUUGCCAUAUGCUAUUAUGUUAUAUCAUUAGGAGAUUAUUAUAUCUCUAGAAUUCUCACUAAGCAGGUAAUGAACAGGAAUAUGACAUGUACUGAACCCUAGUAAUAUUCAUGACACUGUGAAAGUGUUGAGAUGUAAAAUAAAAGGGACCUUCACUUAAAACAGAGACUGUGAAGGAUUUAAUGAACGUUUCAAAACACUGCCUAGUCUUUCAGGAUCUAGGACUCAUUACUGCCCUCUAAAAUGGAGGUGUGCCUAUUCACAUAUGUAAGAACAGGACCAAUCUAUGGGUCAGAUCCUGAGCUGCUGUAACUUGUACAUAAUCUGUCCCCUUAUUUCUAGUUAAUUAUGGCUGUAGCAUUGUCUCACAAUUAUUUAUAGCAGCUUAAUUUACAAAUAUUAACUACUUUGGUAGUUGACAUAUUUUGAAACUAUUUCAAUAAAUUGAAAUGAUAACUUAAGGAGGACAGAUCAGUCAACAUUUUGCUCACAUUUACUAUAUUGUCAUGAAUUUUAGGAAGUGGGAGUUUGUAUAUUUUAAAUUUUUUAUGAUCAUCCUAUCACUGUACACAGCCCAGAAUGGAAAUAUUUAAUGGGGGAGGGUUUCAGAGCUGGGAGUUUAAAACAUCGCUGUGUAGUGUUGCUAAUGUUAAAAAAGAGGACUGUUCAGCCAUCUGUACUUAAUAUGACUGUAUGUUAUAUAUUGUAAAAUAUUUGUCUGUUAGUGCCACAAAUAAAACAUGUUGUACAAGA